GCAAUAAAGAUCUUUGUAAUCUUCUCUGUUCCAAAGCUUCGCGAUCGAUCUUCAGUGAUCAUCAAAUCGUAACCAGUAAAAAAUCGAUCAUGUCGAUGCUCGAUUCCUUCUUCAAUAAGGGUUUCAAAGCUGCAAAAUGCAAAACCUUGCUCAAGUUAACGAUCCCUAGGAUUAAGCUAAUCAGGAAUAGAAGAGAAGCACAGAUUAAACAAAUGCGUCGUGAAAUUGCAAAGCUUCUCGAGACUGGUCAAGAAGCUACUGCUCGAAUUCGGGUUGAGCAUAUUAUAAGGGAAGAGAAGAUGAUGGCUGCUCAAGAGAUCCUUGAGCUCUUCUGUGAACUCAUUGCUGUUCGUCUUCCGAUUAUUGAGGCACAAAGGGAAUGUCCUUUGGAUCUAAAAGAAGCGAUAUCAAGUGUAUGUUUUGCUGCGCCGAGGUGCUCUGACUUGACAGAGCUGCAGCAGGUUCAGAUACUGUUUGUAUCUAAGUAUGGAAAGGAAUUUGUUGCAGCUGCAUCUGAGCUCAAGCCGGAUUCUGGUGUCAAUCGUAAGACUGAAUCGCUGAUAUUCAUUGCAUGGUUCAGUCUAGUAGAAACAAGAGAUUUGUUCAUGUUUUUGUAUUUUUCCAAUUCAAUUUUACAGUUGGUGGAGUUGCUGUCUGUACGUGCACCUUCUCCAGAAACUAAACUGAAACUUCUCAAGGAAAUUGCAGAAGAACAUGAACUUGAUUGGGACCCUGCUUCUACAGAAACUGAUCUCUUCAAAUCUCAUGAAGAUCUCCUUGAUGGACCAAAACAAUUUGGUGGGGGAUCUAAGCUGCCGUUACCAGAGGAACAAAAUGAAAAGACAAAUUUAACAUCUCUUUCAGCGGCAAAGGAGAAAUCUGAUUCUGACUCAGAGUAUGAUAUAUUGGACUUUCCCGAGGUUCCAAAUGUCUUGCUGCGACCAACUCCUGGUGCUACCUCUGUAAAUGCACCGGAUGCAGCGAAAUCAGCCAGUUAUGAACAUACCUCUCACGACUUGCCCUUUGAUUCAGAGAAUGCAGGAGUCGAAAAAACGGCUUCCAAAAGAGAUGAACAUCCUGCAAAAGCAAGCAAAACUGUCGUGGAAGGCCAACAAUCUUCACCCAUUCUGAUGGAAUCUUUCGAAAAGAAGAAUUACUCUCCGCCAUCCAUUGAUGCAGUAGGGCCCAUCCCUACAAAAGAGAGUGGUGCUUCCAGAGAUACUCCAAGGAAAAUAUCCGAUGGAGACUUGCAGGAUGUCUUAAUGGCUGCUCAAGCUGCUGCUGACUCAGCAGAACGUGCAGCAUCAGCUGCCCGCUCAGCUGCAAGCCUGGCACAACUCAGAAUCAACGAGCUUACCAGGAAGACUUCUGAUCAGUAUCCAGAAAGUCCGUCUGAGAACCCUUUCCAUGCUCCCUCAAUGGGAAACCUUCAAUUUGAUCAUCAGAAUUCUUCGGCCAGCAGUAGCGGAGAUCUUACAGAGCUCCAGAGAGCAGAAACUUCGUCACUUUUCAACUCUGAGCAGAACAACCAACAGCCACAGACACACUCUUCAAUGGAAAAACCGCAGUUUGAUCGUCAGAACUCAUCAUUCAGUAGCUAUGGCGAUCUUACCCCACAGAGAUUCCAUUCAAUGGAAAAACCACAGUUUGAUCAUCAGAACUCAUCAGGCAGCAACUAUGACGAUCUUACACCACAGAGAUUCUCGUCAUUGGAGAAACCGCAGUUUGAUCAUCAGAACUCAUCAGGCAGCAACUAUGACGAUCUUACACCACAUAGAUUCCCGUCAAUGGAGAAACCGCAGUUUGAUCAUCAGAACUCAUCAGUCAGCAGCUAUGGCGAUCUGCCAGAGCUCCAAAGGCCAGAGACUUCACCACUUGACAGACUCAGCCCUGACCAGGACCAUCAGCAAAUGAGACUGCCUUCAAUGGAAGAUGAUCCCUAUUACUCAUACCCUAAUCUCUUCACAUCGCAGAAGCAUGAUCCCUCAUCUGGCUCUCAUUCGUUCUCAGACAAUACAAGACCCGCCCAUGAUUCGUGAUUCUUACCUGCAUAUGUUAUAAUGCAAGCUUGGUGUUUUUCAGUGUGUUUCACUUGUGCUGUUCCUUCUCUUGCGGAACAAAGAGCUCAAAAUGUUUUUUGGAAUAGCCUUUUCUUCCUCUUUAUCCAGUGGAAGACAUAUGUAAUGUAUAGAACUUGGUGUUUGUGAUUAUGUUUAAUUUAAAGGCCUUGGUUUUCACAAGAAAUGAAUGAAGAAUGCUGAUAGAUGGAAUAAGAUUUGAUUAGAGACUACA